ACUGUUAGGAGAUCUGCUGAAGAAAAUGUUUUUCAUGUUUAUUUACUACUUCUUGUUCUCAUGGAAUCUGGCUGGUGUGUUUGGUGUUGAUUCAGUGAAGUCCGUGUCAGUGACGGAGGGAGAAUCAGUGCGUCUAAACUCUGAUCUUACUGAAAUACAGAGAGACGAUGAGAUGACGUGGAAAUUUAACAACAUUAUGAUAGCUAAACUCAAGGACAGUAAGAGCAGGUUUUAUGAAGAUAAUGCUGAAGGGAGAUUCAGAGACAGACUGAAGCUGAAUGAUCAGACUGGAUCUCUGAUCAUCACAAACACCAGCACCACAGACUCUGGAGAAUAUACAGUCAUCGGCACCAGCACAGACUCCACACUCAACAUCUUCAGACUUACUGUCUACGCUAAUCUGUCUGUUCCUGUCAUCAGCAGAGACUGUUCAUCCUCAUCAUCUUCAUCAAAUUGUUCACUGUUGUGUUCAGCUGUUAAUGUGGGUGAUGUGACUCUCUCCUGGUACAAAGGAAACAGUUUAUUGUCCAGCAUCAGUGAGUCUAAUAUCAGUAUCAGUCUCUCUCUUCCUCUGGAGGUGGAAUAUCAGGAUAAAAACAGCUACAGCUGUGUGAUCAACAAUCCCAUCAGAAACCAGAUCACACAUCUGAACAUCACUCAACUCUGUCACAUGUGUCCAGAUUGUUUCCACUGUGGUUCUACUGAAGCUGUGAUCCGAUUGGCUCUCUCUGUUCUGGUGGGCGUGGCUGCUGUUGCUGUGAUGGUGUAUGACAUCAGAUCCAGAAGUUUUCAACAGAAGAGAGAGCAGACUUCACCAUCAAACAAUGAAUGAUCAGAUUCUCAGAAAAGUAGAGAUGAUUUUGAACCAUUGGAUAUAUUAUAUCACAAUCCUUUGGGUAAAAAUAAUUUAUGCUUUAAAAAAGAAA